AUGGCUUCAUCAUUAUUUUUGUUCAAUUUAUCAUUUUUAUUAAUAUUAAUUAUUUAUCAAUUAUUUUCAUUGACCGAUUCAUUAUCGAUGGUAAUGAAUAAACAUCUAUGUGACAUUUAUAAAAAUAAUAUCAAUUUUGUUCAGCUAACAUCAACAUCGGAAGAAUUGGCUAUUUUUCCAUUAUGUGUUGAUAAUAAUAAUAAUAAUAAUAACCAUACAGUAACAACAAUAAUACGAUCACCAUAUCAAAAUGAAAAAAUUAUUGCAUAUGAUUUUCAUUUAAGAAAAAAUGAUAUCUGGUUCAUUACUGAUCAACAUCGAUUAUAUCGUAUGAAAAUAAAUAAUACAAAUGUUAAUUAUCCGAUUCGAUUGGAAGGAGAAUAUCGUUGGUUUACAAUCACACAAUUGGCAAUUGAUUGGAUACAUGAUCUUCUUUAUAUGGUUGCCGAUCAAUCCGAUAUUAUUCUUACAUCGAUUGCUAAUGAACAAUCAUCAUCAUCAUUAUCCGUAUCAAUGAAUCGUCCAACAUCAUUAUUAUUUUCAUCAUAUCGUCGUACAAUCAAAAAAUUAUUAAUCUGUUCAGGUUUAUCAACACUUGUUUGGCAUGAAAUUGAUUGGUCUGAUUCGAAUGAAAAUCGUUUACAAAUUGCACGACAAGAUGGAACAGAAAUGGCUAUUAUUUUUACAAGUCCUACAUUCAUUUAUGAUGUCCAAAUUGAUCAGGCAAAUUAUAUUGUCUAUUUUGUAACAAAUGGACAAUUAGGAGAAAUAUCAUUACAACCACCCGAAGAAUAUCAAGAUCCGGAUGCCAUACGAAAACAUACUCGAAUGUUUCGUUUACAGAAUAAUUAUGUUAAAACUUUUAACAUUAUUUUUCCAUAUUUUGUUGAAUUCAAAUAUAAUGGAUUAUUUGCAUAUAAAAUUGAUUACAUUAAUCAAAUACUUGAAGAUCGACCAACAAAACAAAAUUAUUUAGCUGAUUUAAAUGAUUGGUCAAAUCAUCUGUCAGCUAAUCAAGAAUUUCGUCUUAUUCAUAGUUACACACAACCUGCAGGACAAAUUGAACCAUUAUGUCCAAUAAAGUCAUUCUGUUCGGAAUUAUGUGUACCGAAUGGAUUUCGAUAUCGAUUUUCAUGUCUUUGUUAUAGUUAUGAUAGAAAUUGUGCAGAUUAUGGACAUUAUAAUCACGAUGAAAAAACUACAACCACGACAACGACUACGACGACAACCACCACCACAACAAUAAAACCGAUCAGAAUUGGUUCGAAAUUAAGUUUUUCAGAUCCAAAUUUUUGGCAAAGUUCUAAUCGCACAUCUCAGAAUAAAAAACCGGAAACUAUCAAAAUGAAAAAAAUCCCAAAAUUAUCAUCAAAAAUGGUUCAUAUCACAAUACCAUCAACAUUUUCAUCAUCAACAAUCAAACCUUCAACAACAUCGACAAUGGCUACAUUAACAAAUUAUACCGAACAACAAUUGACAGAGAAAAAUUCCUCUCCAACAUUAUCUUCGACAACAACAACAACAGCGAAAACAUUAACAACAACAACCGAGUUAAUAGUUAAUGAUACAGGAGUUUUAAUCGAAAAAAGUCCUUUGAAUUCAGAAUCGCUAUUUCAAUUUUCAUUUGCCGAAAAUAUUAAAUCACAUUUACAGCGACAAAAUCUUUGGUUUAUACGUUUCACUCGUAUGAUCAAAAUGAUUUCGAACGAACAUCCAUGCAUAUUUAUAGCAACCUGUUCGCUAUCUAUGGUCAUGAUAAUAGCAAUAAUUAUCAUUGCAAUUUUUAUGGUACAAAAACUACGAUCAUCCAAACAAUUUAUGAAAAAUUCAAUCAAUAAUGGAGAUAAAAUUUUAAACAAUAAGAAAAACAACAACAAUAAUAAUGAUGAGAUUUUAUCAUUGAUAAAUUUUGGAAAAAAUUCAUCACAGGAAAAUAAACAGGAAAUCGAUUCAAAUAUGAUUGAAACAUUGAUCAAAGAACAAGUUAAAGAUUAUGAUGAGGAUGUUGAUAAUCAUUCUAUUCAAACUGAACAAACUAUAUUGAUUCCACAACAGGCAUGGAUAUUGACCACACAUCAAAACGAUGAACAGAAAAAUUUUGUCUACAAUAAUUGGGAAUAUGAAAAUAAUGAUAUGAUAAUCAAAAUAAAUUCACAACAGCCUAUGAAUAUCCAUGGAUAUUGUAAUCUACAGCCAAAAUCACAACAUAUACAGAUUCCAAAUUAUCUUUGA